AUUCAUUUUAUAGAUCUAUUCCACAGGAUAUUGUGUAAAAUGAUAGAUUAAUUAUGUUUUUCCAUACAGUGUAUGAUGUGCUCUCCAACACAUUCUCUCGCCUUCAUAAUAACUCGCUGGUUCGCUCUUCCUGUGUGUUUGAGAGCAGGGGACAGAGGUCUAUUCAGUUGUCUUGCAAUUGACCAGUUGGCCGGAUGUUUUUGAUCCAGCCCCAAACCAUUAUUUUUGUUUUUUUUGUCUGAUAUGAAAAUAAAAUGUUUUACUGACACAUUUUAAUGACAAAAAUAAACAAUACAAUGUACUGCGCUAGUCAGUAGUAGGCACUGUAAGAAGCACCUGGAGUGACGCGAUGCCUGCUGUGAUUGGCCGAGAUUUCACAACGCAGUGGACUGCUCACGUCCUUUGACCUCCCUCACCCCUACAGCACCGUUUCUUUUGCUGAUCUUCUCCUGUUUGAGGAAGGCUGCGUGGGACUACGGCCGUCUGGCUCUAUUGAUGGAGAAUGACAGCCUCACGUCCCUGUUCUACGGCGAGCAGAGUGAGAAGGAGAAGUCCCCGUCAGAGUCCAGCCCGUCAGACUCCGAGACCAAGGACUUGGGCUUCUGCUCUUGGCUUACAACACUCUAUCAUAUGAAGGAUGAGGAGAUCAGGAGUAAAUGUGGCAUCGACGCUACGACCUACCUGUCCUUCCAGCGCCACAUCAUCCUGCUCAUGACCGUGGUCUGCCUGCUGUCUUUGGCCAUCAUCCUGCCUGUCAACUUUUCCGGGAACCUCCUAGGGGAUAAUCCAGAAAAUUUUGGAAGAACAACUGUGGCUAAUCUUCAUGCAAAGGACAGCUUCCUGUGGCUCCACAGUAUCUUUGCUCUGCUCUACUUCAUCAUCACAGUGCUGUGUAUGGCCCACCACUCCUCACGCCUGGAGUACAGAGAGGACGAGAAGGUGGCCAGGACUCUCAUGAUCACCUGCAUCCCCAGAGAGAUCUCAGACCCAGGCCUCAUCACAAAACACUUCCAUGAGGCUUACCCCAGCUGUACUGUCACUGACGUCCGCUUCUGCUUCAAUGUACACAAACUGAUGAGGCUGGACUCUGAGCGACGGAAGGUGAUGAAAGGAAGGCUGUAUUUUACCACUAAGGCCCAGAAGGAGGGGAAGGUCAUGAUUAAGACCCACCCCUGUGCUACCAUCUUCUGCUGUGACGUGUGCGGCUUUGAGCAGGUGGAUGCAGAGCAGUACUACAGUGAGUUGGAGGAGAAACUGACUGAUGAGUUUAAUGCAGAGAAGCAUCGGAUCUCGCUCAAGAGGCUGGGCAUCGCCUUCGUGACCUUUCGGGAUGAGAGGAUGACUGCUGUUAUUGUCAAGGACUACAGCCGGGUCCGUUGCCGUCGGAGACCCCAGCAGUCUAGCAUCACCACGGUAGUUCAGUCUCACAGGUGGGGUGUAGGCUACGCCCCAGCUCCAAGCGACAUCAUCUGGGAGAACCUGUCAGUGUGUGGCUCCCGCUGGUGGCUCCGCUUCAUCCUGCUCAACAUCCUCCUCUUCCUCCUCCUCUUCUUCCUCACCACGCCCGCCAUCAUCGUCAACACCAUGGACAAACUCAACGUCACCCGGCCUGUUGACAGCCUUAGGAGCCCGAUCAUCACUCAGUUCUUCCCUACCCUCCUGCUCUGGGCGUUCUCUGUCCUGUUACCCUUCAUAGUCUACUACUCUGCCUUCUUUGAGUCUCACUGGACCAGAUCCAGUGAGAACCAGAUCACGAUGCAUAAGUGCUUUGUACUGCUGGCGUUCAUGGUGAUCAUCCUGCCCUCGCUGGGUCUAUCCAGUCUGGACCUGUUCUUCAGGUGGCUGUUUGAUGUCAAUUUCCUGGAAGACAAGAAUAUUAAAUUUGAGUGUGUGUUCCUUCCUGAUAACGGAGCGUUCUUUGUGAACUACGUGAUCACGUCCAGCCUGAUCGGCACGGCCAUGGAGCUGCUGCGUAUCCCAGCUCUGAUGGUGUAUGCUCUGCGUCUCUGCUUGGCCAAGCCCGGGGCCGAGCGCAUCCACGUCAAACGGAGCCAGGCCUAUGAGUUCCAGUUUGGUCUGCAGUAUGCCUGGACCAUGUGCAUCUAUGCUGUUAGCAUGACCUACAGUAUCACGUGUCCCAUCAUUGUGCCCUUUGGGCUGCUCUAUCUGAUCCUGAAACACAUGGUGGACCGUUACAACAUCUACUAUGCUUACGUGCCCACCAAGCUCAACCAGCGCAUCCACACUGCAGCCAUCAGCCAGGUCAUCGUGGCGCCCAUCCUCUGCAUGUUCUGGCUCCUGUUCUUCUCCGUGCUCAGACUGGGCCCAAUGCGUCCCAUCACCCUCUUCACCUUUGUGUCCCUGCUCUCCUGCCUUGCCUUCUCCCUCCUUGGCCUAUGCCUUAGGAAACAGCCUGACAAGUCAUCAAGCUACCAGAUGUCUGACCAGGUGUCUGCUGACCAGCCAGCAGAAGGGACCUUCGCUAAUGCAGAGAGAAGCUCCACCCCAUCCACCACCCCAUCUAAUCUGUUUGUGGCAUCUGUGUUGCUGGAGCCGGAGCUAGGCCUGACCCCGAUGCCCUCCCCAGCUCACCAGAGCUACGGGACCAUGGCCAGCUCCCAGGACAGAGAGGAGGAGGAGGAGGAGGAGGAGGAGGACCAGGUUGAAACCGUUGAGACAGAGCUCCAGGCGCCCCCAGACCCCUACUACUCAAGACCCCUCAUGGACAACCCAGUGGGUAACCAGUGACACCCCCCCCCCCACCCCCACCUCCAUGCCUACGCCUGUGAUAUAAGAGAGUGAAAGAUGCCACAAUGCUGCAUAUUUACCUUUUAACCUCAGAAUCACAUCCAACUGCCUCAGCCCCUCUGACUGGACCAUGUUUGUGAGAGACCAUUUGGAUUGUGUCUUUGGCAGUUCUUUGGAACCCAAGGCUGAAGUAAUGUCUUCCCCAGCCCUGUGGCGGGGAUGUGGGGGCAGGAUGCAAGUGGCCUUCCCUCCCUCGGUGUACAGGAGUCAAAGGGACCACACCACAACAUCUCUCAAAGCUGUCAUCAUAAAUGAACCAUACGGAGGAUACUUCAAACAAAAGUGCUGUCGUUUUCUGACUUACUGCUUUAUAGUUUUCUCCCUUUCUUCCCUCUUAGUUGUGUGGAGUGAAUGAACUGUUCCACACUGUAUGUGACCUGCCUGGGGGUGACUGUGUAGCGAGGAAGGACACUAUUUGUGUGCGCCACUGGGACAGGAGUAGGGGUGAAUUUCACCAACUCAGUAGGUUUUAACCGAUUGACCCUACUAGACAGAAUGGUCUUGGCUCUAGGUGAUCUGGCUCUGGUGUGGUAGAGCUCUGUGAGGCAGAGGGUUAGGGUUGCGGGUUGUAAUCAAGCCAUCUGCAGUGAGAGAACAGGACAGACGGAGGGAGGGCAGAGUGGAACUCAGAGCUCUAACACUCCCUAUAGAGGAGAAGGCACAAGGAACCCAAUGGGACCUGAUACUAUUGUAUUUUUUGUCAAGGUUUUUAUUUUUGCUAUUCUGUACUUGCCCGUUGUAUGUGAUAUUAUUGUGCUGAAGGGCGAGGUGCGGGCUGUGUAUUGUUUAAUAACAAUUUAUUUAUGGUGCCAUCCCAUUAUUGUUUAUAAAUAUUACCGUGACAAAUGUGUGUUCUUAUUGGACAAGUCCAGGUACUCCUCCAUUUCAAAACAGGAUCUCCAAUUUACUUAGGUUUUAUGUUUUCCAUAAAGGUCCGGCAGCAAAAAUAGUCAUGAAAAAAUACGAAUCGUACUCUAUUGCAUCGUGGUUUCAGUAGUCCAAACCAGUCCUCUCCACUGCAUGUUGAGAAUGCUGUAUAAGAGAAAGGAUUUGUCUGUACAUUGUUAUACUCCGUCCACACAUCAAACUAAACAGCUUUCUCUAAUGCCGCAUAAGACUCAGCUGACACAGUCAGUCAUACGGUAGCCUUUGCAAGUUUUGUAUUGCGAGUGUUUUGCUGCUCGAGGGAGGGGAAGUUUCCUUGCCAAACUGAAUGUAAACUGAUUGUGGUUUGUAAUCGUGCUCUCUUGCUGUGCCUUGAAGAAAGUCUCCCUUUCAUCUGACAAACCAGCAUGGCCUGAAAUAUGCUGCAUGGACUGAAAACUAAAGACCAGGGAAAAGAGGGAGACAGACUUAAAUAAACAAACACACAUAGAGUAGCGUAUGUACACAUUCUGGCCAUAGUUCUAUCAAACGCCACCCAUAACCAGCUAUUAUCUUACUCCCAUCAUUUGUGUGAGCAGCCAUCUUCCUAUGGAUAGUUCCCUCAACCAAUAGACAAGCAGGGUUUAAAUAAGUAUUUAAGUAUUAUGUCAAAUUAUUAUUUUCUGUGUAUUUGAGUAUUUUCAAAUAAUGUGGCCAAAGUCAACUACUUCUAUUUGAAGUAUUUAAAAGUAUUUUCAAAUAAUUUCCUAUAAAUAGCCUUUUAUUUGAAACUAUUAAAAAUAAAAAAUCUAAAUAAUACCCCUAGGACCAGGUUCAAAUGCAUGGUAUUAAAAUAUUUGUAUUUUUAAUACAAUUGUCUGUAUUUGAGUAUUUUCAAAUGCAUUCCAAUACUUUCCAAGUGUAUUUAAAAAAUACAUUCUAAUAUUCAACUGCUUGUAUUUUCAUAACAAAAACAUCUGAAUACCUACUUCAAAAUGUCUUUGAAGGUAAUUUAAAUACCCUAAAUAGUAUUUGAACCCAGAUCUGACAAGUAGUGCGCUCCACAGACCACUGAGCUAAUGAUGUUGACUCAUUAUGCACUGAAUAUAUUUGCUAGUCUCAGAUGUCUUAGAAUGGGUUUUUUCAAUGGAAUCAUUGUGGCUUAAGGUGCCUUGUUGUGGGUGUCACUCUCUCUGUCUUUGCAGUUUCUAACUGCUAUAUUCUGUGAUGAUAUAGCCAAGCUCUUUGUGAUAUAAUGGAAUUUGAAACUUGUUUCUCUGGUGUCUUGGCCCUUCCUAAAAUGUUAUGAUAAGCUGUAGUUAUGUUUGUCAUUCUGUCAUCAUGCAGAUGUUGUGGUUCUUGGUUUUUCCUGAACCAAAAGAAAGCUACAGAAUUUAUAGAAUAGUACUCCAAAAUUAGAACUGUAAAAUUGUUCACCUAAGAAAUUUCACCCAAAGUUACAGGUCCAGUGUACUUUUUUAGUGCAGUCCUGGGAAGGUUGUCAUUUUAUAGUAAUUGAAGUAUAUUAUUAUUUUGUUGUUGUUGUUAUUAUUAUAAUAAAUAGUGUUUGUUAGAAGUGGUUUUGUGAAACGGACAGAAUAUUAUAGGAUAAAUCUAGUGUGUCUUAUAAAAUUGAAGUUAUUUGUUUAAUUUCAGGAGGAAAUAGAAUUGUUUUAUGAACAAAGGUCCAGCAUAACAACAAACGGAUCAUCCCAAACGAGUCACUAUGUUAUGUUCACAGUGCAGGCCUAGGCUACCAUCGGAGAUGUUAAUUGUGGAGAGCACCACAGUAAAAUCAGUUUGAACAGCACAUCAGAGAAACCCUAAACGAAAAAGUCCCUAAACCCACCAAAUGUGUGCUAUGGAUUUUAGCUUUAGUAUGUCGUUUCACAGGUCAUGAAGUUCAUUAAAGGCGUUACUUGGUCAAUCCGACGUCUGCAUUGCCCGUGCAGCAUUUACGGCGAUACGGCCUCUGCAGAAGUCAGGGCAUUAAUACUUCUUGUGCUUCGUGGAGCAACGCAGAGCUGUUGUCAAGGAAGUGAGUUUGUGUUUAUAUAGGACCUCAGGCCCUCACCUACCGUCAACCAAUCAUGUCAAUGCGGAGCUAUACGGAGCUCUCCGCAUUCUUACAAAAUUUGAGAGGGCACAGCGAUGCGGUACAGAGCUCAAUUUGGCAUCUGCGUGUCCCCGUAGGCUCCGCAAUUGCGUCACACAAUCCAUACUGUGCCUCCAACCACAUUUUCAGAUCAUGCAUAAAUUGUCUCUUAUUCUUUUCCUAUAAAAACAUGUUCAUCAAUUAAUUUUUUAUGGUGGUCACAACGGUUGAGUAAACAUCAAAAAGUUGAGUAAAGAAAGCUUGGUUCUUUAUGUUCCAAUAAUGCAUGGAGGGAAUGUACUUGUAAAACUUGCUGUGAUUUGAUUCCUAAUUAGCUCUGUUGUACCUCUUUGUCAUUUGUGCUCAUACAUCAAAUGUUCUUCCCAUGGGUGCCCCUGCUCUAUUUUGGGGAUCCAGUGGUUUUCAACUUUGGCCAAGCUCUUAUUUUCAUCCUUUACAGGAAACUGGUGUGUCCUUUCUGAAGUACUACUUAUAGAUUUCUCUGAACCAUUUACUUUUGCAGGGAAAUAAAGUAAAACAAACAUUCUGUCAUCUUGA